AUGGACCGUGAAUACUUGGAUUUUCUGAUCCAAUGGGAAAAGCAAGACGACUGGUCGUUUUUUGAUCUGACUGGCUGCUCUGGGGAUUUGAUCCUCUUUAUGUAUGAGCUUGCAGAACUAGCCAAACAGCGAGAAAUUGCCAAUUCUAUGAAAUGGUUGACUUUUGAUGUCACACCUGUCUUGGAAAUAGAGAAAGAACUGGUUAGUUGGAAUAAUCAGGCCGGUUCCGUUGCAGAUGAAGAUAUUGCCGGACUAUCCGAAGUCGAAGCAGAGAAACUGUUUCACAAGGCACAGGAUCGUCACCACUGCGCAGAAGCCUGGCGGUGCGCAUUACUCCUCUAUAUCCGAAGAGUCUUCAAAUCCGUCCAACAGAGACCUGUCAUCGCUCAACUGGUUCGCCGAAUAAUCGAUCAUACAACUUGUUGUCGGCGAGCAUUCCAAACGCAGAAGCAGCUGCUUCUUCCAGUUUUCCUUGCUGGUAGUGAAACAUCAGACCAAGAUAUGCGUGAUUAUGUUAAAGAAUACUGCGAUUACUGGGGAAAGAAGAGCCGCUACAGGAUGUUCAAUACGGUUCCUUUGGUGUUAGACCAAGUAUGGAAAUCUGGUCAAUGGUGGGCGCCAGUCAUUGAUCAAAUGAGUACUGUGCAUGGUGCUACGCAACUUUUACUGGGCUGA